AUGGCCAAGGAUAAGACCCAGACCGACGGCGGUCGCCCCGCCAAGCGCACGAAGCUGCUCGACGACGAGGACGAGUCCUCCGCCUCGGGCGGUGAGGAAGUCGGCUUCAAGAUCAACGAGGAGUUUGCACGCCGCUUCGAGCAUAACAAGAAGCGCGAGGAGAGGCAGCGCCUGGAAGAGAAGUACGGCAACGACAAGGAAGGCGACGACGAAGACGAAGAGUCCUCGUCCGACGAGGAUGAAGAUGACGACGCCAUGCUCGCUACUGAGGCUCUCGAUGCCGAAAUCUCCGCCACUCUCAAUGCCAUCCGCAGCAAAGACCCACGAGUCUACGACGCAGGCGCCAAAUUCUAUUCCGACUGGAACCCGGAGAACCUGCCCACGACCGAGAAGCAAGAGAAACCCGUGACCCUCCGCGAUUACCAUCGCCAAAACCUCAUGGAGGGCAAGAUAACUGGGGACGAGGACGAGGACGAGCCCGCGCUUCCGUAUGCGCAGGAGCAGGCCGCCUUGAAGAAGGAGCUCGCCAGCGCCACCCAGGCGGAUGAGAGUGAGGACGAAGGCGAGGACGACUUCCUCGUCGCCAAGGACAAGCCUAAGAAGGAUGAGGCUGCUGCUUCCGCUGCUCCGUCUGCCAAGCCGAAGAGGAAGGUCGAGCUCGAUGUCGAGAACGCUGACAAGGACCCCGAAAACUUCCUUUCCAACUUUUUGGCUUCCCGUGCUUGGACCCUCGACACCGACAAGUUUGCGCCUCUGGAAUCGGACUCGGACUCAGAGGACCGUCGCGCUGACGAGUUUGAAAUGGCAUACAACAUGCGCUUCGAGGACCCGGCCACCGCCAACGAAAAGUUGCAGACAUUCGCCCGUGACGCCGUGGCCAAGGCUUCGGUGCGUAGGGAGGAAAAGAGUACAAGACAGAAGCAGAGAGACAAGGAGCGCGAGAGAAAGGAAGCAAUCAAACGUGAGAGAGAAGAGGAUAAGGCACGCUUGCGGAAGCUCAAGAUCGAGGAGAUGGAAGAGAAGCUCAACAUGAUCAAGGAGGCGGCAGGCCUUAGUGGCAAGGAAUUCAACCUGGAUGACUGGAGAGAUGUGUUGGAUGCCGACUGGGAUGACGAUCGGUGGGACCAGGAGAUGCAGAAGCGCUUCGGUGACAACUACUACGAUGAGAAAGAAGGGGCUGUUUCCGACUCUGAUGAAGAUGGCGUAGGAAAGAAGAAAAAGAAGAGCAAGAAGCCGAAGAAGCCCACUUGGGACGACGACAUUGAUAUCAAAGACAUCAUUCCCGAUUUCGAAGACGAGGAAGAAGCGCCCGCCCUCAACCUAUCCGGUGGCGAAGACGAGGAGGAUGGCGGCGUUCAGCUUCCCAACGGCGAGGCAGACGAAUCGGAUGAGGAAACUGUUUCGAAGAAAAAGAAGAAGUCGAAAAAGAACGAGAUCGAUGCCAAGCACGCAGCGCGCCGGGAACGUCGCAUCAUCGAGAGCCUCGUUGACCAAAACAUCGAGGUGGAUCUCGCGGCGAAGCAGACCGAGAGUGGGCCUGCCAGGUUCCGCUACCGUGAAACUUCCCCAACCACCUUCGGCCUCACCGCCCGCGACAUCCUGCUCGCGGACGACGCUCAGCUGAACCAAUUUGCUGGCCUCAAGAAGAUGGCUACUUGGCGCGAACCCGAGAAAAAGAAGAAGGACAAGAAGAAGCUGGGAAAGAAGGCCAGGCUCCGGGAAUGGCGCAAGGAGACGUUCGGUGACGAGGAGGGUCCCAAGUACGGUUUCAGUGAUUAUGUUACCAAGAAGUACAACGAUCACGGCUUGCCUAUCCAGGCUCCGGUCGACGUUCAGGCGAAGAGUUCGAGAGAUGAUGGUGUCGAUAUCAGGGAAGGAAGCAAAAAGAAGAAGAGAGGAAAGAAGAGGAAGGCCGGCAUCGCGGAGGAGUAG